AUGCUAAGCUUCAGCAAUAUGGCAAUAAAUUCUGGACAAAUAUAUUCCUUCUGGAUUACUAUCUAUCUAUUAAUUAUCUUAACUUAUUUUUAUCUAUUUAUUUAUCUAUCUAUCUAUCUAUCUAUCUAUCUAUCUAUCUAUCUAUCUAUCUCAGUUUUAAGCUGCUCAUAUCUAUCUAUCUACAUAUCUACCUAUAUCGGUUUUAAUCUGUUCAUAUCUAUCUAUCUAUCUAUCUAUCUAUCUAUCUAUCUAUCUAUCUAUCUAUCUAUCUCUUUCACUCCAGCCCUCAAGUUCACUCCAGACUCAUCUUCCCUCCAACCCUCAAGAUCACUCCAGACCUCAAGUCACUCCAGAUUCAAAUUCACUCCAGCCCUCAAGUUCACGCCAGAUUCAAGUUCGGACCAGAGUCAUGUUCAUUUCAGUCCUCAUGUUCAUUCUAUCCCUCAAGUUCACUCCAGCCCUCAAGUUCUGUCCAGACACAUGUUUACCCCAGACUCAAGUUCACUCCAGAUUCUUGUUCACACCAGCCCACAAGUACACUCCAAACUCAAGUUCACUCCAGGCCUCAUGACUCCUGUUCACGCCAGCCCUCAAGUUCACUCCAGAGUCAUAUUCACUCCAGAGGUCACGUUCACUCCAGACUCAUGUUCACUCUGUAGCCCACACGGUCACUCCAGACUCAAUUCACUGAAGACUCAAGUUCGGGUCAGAAUCAUAUUCCCUCCAGCUUUCACGUUCACUCCAGACUCAAGUUCACACCAGAUUCGACUUCACUCCAGACUCAUGUUCACUCCAGCACUCAAUCAUGUUCACUCCACCACUCAGGUUCACUCCACACUAAAGUUCACCCUAGACUCAAGUUCACUCCAGACUCCUGAUCCUUACAGCCCUCAAUUCACUCCAGCCCUCAAGUUCAUUUCAGCCUUCAAGUUCAGUCCAGACUUAUGUUCACUCCAGUCUCAAGUUCGCUCCAACCAUCAAGUUCGCCCUAAACUGAAGUUCACUGCAGCCCUCAUGUUCACUCCACCCCUCAAGUUGACUCCAGACUCAAGAUCACUCCAGAGAGAUGUUCACUCCAGGCAUCAAGUUCACAUCAGUCUCAAGUUCACUCUAGCCCUCAAGUUAACUCUGUAG